UCAAUUAUUCUAAAGCUCCUCAUCAGGCAGAACCAACCCAUUUAAAUAAAACUACAAUGAAGCUCGCCCUCGUUCUUCUCGUCUCCAUUUGUGCCUCCGUGGCCCAAUGUCAGCUGGACUACAACUACGCAGAGGUCCUCCGCCUCUCCAACCUCUUCUAUGAAGCCAACAGAUCGGGUAGACUGCCACAAAGUAAUCGCAUCUCGUGGCGUAGCAACGCCUUCGUAGAUGACGGCCAGAGAGAAGGAAUUGAUCUUGAUGGUGGAUACUUUGAUGCCGGUGACCACGUAAAAUUCGGCUUCCCAAUGGCCGGCUUUACCACAAUUCUUAACUGGGGACUGCUCGAUUGGCGUAACGGUUACGACAAGGCUAAUGAUUACGCCAAUAGUCUAAGCACGGUGAAAUGGUCGCUCGACUUUUUCAUCAAGGCGCACGUCGCACCGAAUGAAUUAUACGGCCAAACUGGGGACGGGUAUCAAGACCACAGCUUCUGGGGCCGACCAGAAGAUUGGCCGAAUGGUCCGAGGCAAUCCUGGAAGAUUACGCAGCAGCAGCCGGGAUCAGAACUGGCUGGAGAAACUGCGGCCGCUCUAGCGUCGGGGUAUCUAGUUUUCAGAGAGGAAGACCCCACGUAUGCAAACACCCUGCUACAACAUGCCAGGGAGCUUUAUAACUUUGCAAAGACGUAUCGGGGUGAUUACACUAAUGCCAUUCCGGCCAGGGAUUUUUACAACUCCUGGUCCGGGUAUGGUGAUGAACUCGGUUGGGCAGCCGCUUGGCUUUACAGGGCCACCAAUGAGUCCGCCUUUCUCACCGAUUUGGACGGAUUCUGGACCGAGUUCAACCUCAAUGGACGUCCCGGUGAGUUUGGAUGGGACGAUAAGAAAGCCGGACUUCAAAUCCUGAUGGCCAAACUGACCAACGAUGCAAAGUAUGUCCAACCGGCGACACAAUUCUGUGACUGGGUUGUCGAUCAGGCGCCCAAGUCACCGUUGGGAAUGGUCUUUCUGUCAGAGUGGGGGGCACUCAGACACGCGGCAAACGUGGCGUUUGCAUGCAUUACUUUUGGAGAAGUUCCUGGAGCCAAUCAAGAGAAGUACAGAACAUUUGCCCGUCAGCAAAUUGGUUACGCUCUUGGGAACACUGGUCGCAGUUUCGUUGUCGGUUUCGGAAUUAAUCCUCCUCAGAGGCCACACCACCGGGGAAGUUCUUGCCCUAACCGACCACAACCGUGUGACAACGGACUCAACAAUCCUGGACCUAAUCCACAAAUUCUGUAUGGAGCUUUAGUCGGAGGACCGGGCCUUGAUGAUUCUUACACUGACGACAGGAACGACUACGUCAAGAAUGAAGUGACUACCGAUUACAAUGCCGGAUUCCAAAGUGCACUUGCCGCAUUGACGCAAAUCUAUCAAUAAAUGUAGUAAAGUGUCCUAAAUAUUUACCUGAAUUUGAACAGACCUAAAUAAAUCAGCCUUUAAAUUUGA